ACACAUGUGGCCUGAAGUUGGUUAAUGUUUACUGUAGUAGCCGCGCGAACUGAAAGCUAUAGGUAUUCAAUGGCGAAGCACUGUCUCGUUUUUCUUGUAUAAGAACUCUUUAUGCUGCCGUCCUUUCAAUGACUGUGUUGUUUUUUUGUGUUUAUGAGAGUUAUAAGUUUACGAGUGAAUGGAUUUCUAUGACUGUGUUCACUCGCCUGAUAGCCUGUACACCCUAACUCAAUGCACAUAGGACGAAUUGAUUAUUACUUACAAAUAUACAAUCAGCAGGCUUAAUAUUAUAGCCGCGGCUAUUUAUACUUUUGAUAGGACAGUUUUACCAGUAUUUGCCGCAAUCAGGGCGACUGUAUUCGCUGAAUUUGACUUUUUAAUUGAAUAAGGUUCGACAUAUUAAGAUUUUGUGACGAGAAGUGCGACGAGGUUAUUCUUAAAACGAAAAUGUAUGGUUUUGUUAAUCACGCUUUGGAGCUUCUGGUUCUCAGGAAUUUUGGAGAAGAAAAAUGGGAGCUGAUCAAAAAAGAAGCUGCUCUGGAAAUGGAUGGCAGUUUCUUGGUAAGAUCCAUCUAUGACGAUUCCCUUUCAUAUGGAUUGGUUGGAGCCGCUUCGAAAGUCCUUGAAAUUGAUGCCGGUGAUAUCUUGGAAUCGUUUGGUGUGAUGUUCUUCCAGUUUUGUGAGGAGUCGGGUUAUGAUAAAAUCCUGCAGGUGUUGGGUGGAACUACCAAAGACUUUUUACAGAAUCUGGAUGCCCUGCACGAUCAUCUCGCCACCAUUUAUCCUGGCAUGCAGGCACCUUCCUUCCGAUGUUCUGAACGAGAAGGGGAUAAGGCAACUAUCUUGCAUUACUAUUCGGAACGACCCGGCUUAGAGAGAAUAGUGAUUGGUAUAGUGAAAACCGUGGCCAAGAGACUUCAUAGUUCAGAUGUCGAACUAGAGCUCAUCCAGUCCAAGGAGCAAUGUGGUCAUGUUCAAUUUAUCAUCAAGGAGAAAUCCACAGAAGACUCCGUCACAGAUACAAACGUUGACUCCUACGAUAACGUCUUGUCGUAUGAGCCUCACAUUAGUCCAGCAACGUUCUGUAGGGCCUUUCCGUUUCACAUCAUGUUUGACGAGAAUCUGAUCAUCAGGCAGGGUGGCAAUUCCUUCACCCGUGUUAUACCCAACGCCAUCGAUAACAAAAGGGUUACAGAUUUAUUUGACAUGAUUCGACCUCACAUGGACUUCACAUUUGAGAACAUUAUUCAGCACAUCAACACGGUUUACGUACUGAGAUCGAAGGCGAGUGUAUCAGAUGUAGAAACCAUGGAUGGGGACUCGAGGAUGCGAAUCAAGGGCCAGAUGAUACACGUGGAGGAGUCUAACUGUAUGUUGUUCCUGUGUUCACCAAGUGUCAUGAACCUCGACGACCUGAACCGGCGUGGGUUGUAUCUUAGUGACAUACCUCUUCAUGAUGCCACCAGAGAUCUGGUAUUGUUGUCCGAACAUUUUGAAGCCGAAUACAAGCUGACUCAGAAACUGGAGAUCCUUACAGACAAGCUGCAACAGACUCAUCGGGAACUGGCUGAUGAAAAGAGUAAAACCGAUAGACUCAUGUAUUCCAUUCUUCCGCCAUCAGUCGCCAACAAAUUACGUCAUCAACAACCAGUUGGAGCAGAGAAACACAGUAACGUCACGUUAAUGUUCAGUGGAAUCCUCGGAUUUAAUGACUUCUGUGCCAAGAACUCUGAAGGUUAUGGAGCCAUGAAGAUCGUCCAGUUACUCAACUCCGUCUAUACCAAAUUUGAUAUCUUAGUUGAUCCAACAACGAAUCCAAAUAUAUACAAGGUAGAAACUGUAGGUGAUAAGUAUAUGGCAGUAAGUGGACUACCGGAACCCUGUGAUGAUCAUGCGCGAUGUAUAGCCAGAUUAGCCCUAGACAUGAUGUAUAUUUCAAGGUCACUGACAGAUCCCGAUGGAAAACAGAUAGUGAUUACAAUAGGUAUCCAUUCUGGACCAGUUGUCACUGGAGUUAUUGGUAAGAAGAUGCCCCGAUAUUGUCUAUUUGGCAAUACUGUUAAUAUAACUAGCCGCACAGAAACUACUGGUAUCAAGGGGAAGAUCAACGUCUCUGAAGAUGCUUACGAGUUCCUGAAGAAAGAAGUGUGUUAUGAUCCCAGCUUUAAGUUUGAUUUUAGAGGCGAAGUACCCAUGAAAGGUCGACCAAAACCCAUGAGAUGCUGGAACCUAAGCCGUCGCGAAGAUGACGAUGGGGACACAAGCUGCUUCAGUAACAACCAAUCAUCAUGUGCUUUACAAUUGUAACAUAUAGUUAUAUUUUGUAGUUUUGUCAAGCCAAAGGUCAUUAAACGUUAAGUUUGUUGUUUUGUUUAAUAUAAUAUUAUAAAUGAAGUGUCAACAUAUUUUGAUCUGAAUACAGAAAUCCGACAAUGUCUAUAUAUAAAUAUAUCCAUAUCUUAUAGUGCCGCUGUGAUUCACAUAACGUUUAUUGUGUAUAAAAUGGGUUAAUUUAUUCGAGUAGUUACAAAAUGGCAAUACAGUCUUGAACACAACUUAGCAUGUCAAGGUCUAUCUAGUGUAUGUAUACUGGUAGUUAUUAACUUCAUUCAUUACUUCUAAUGUGUUAUUCAAAAAGCUAUAAACCAGUUUAACAUCAUAUAUAUUAUAGUGCCCCCCUUUAACAUCUCGUGUUCAGUUGCACUUUACAAAGUGACAAUACAUAGUCAUAAAAUGGCCAGUAAAAUGUAAAAUUAUCGACAUGUGAAAAGUUGUAUAUACAGCAUUAGUCAAACGCCAGAUUAAAUACAUGUGUUUUAAGGGGUUUUUAAAAAUAAAAAUAAAUGAACAACAUCUUAAACUCAAUGGUAGGGGCUUGAUAACUAAAAGAGUGCUGACCAUAAGAGGACUAUAAGCAACAGAUUAUCAGAAAAAACAGGUAAACUAUAAAUAUACUACAUGUAUAUACUACAGCCACAGGAACCAGGAGUUUAUUGUUCGGUAUAUAAUCCAGGUCUGUCUGGUGUUCGUGGUCUUUUAUUUAUCAUUUGUUGUUCUUAAUUAUUAUUAAUUAGUUUGUUUUUAUCAAUAUCAACUUUGUAAGCUAAUCAUUAAAAUCCGUUUUUUUUUAAAUUGGUGAGUGACUACAAGUGCACGAGGAUGUUCACAGCAGUAGAGAUCUGUCUGAAACCCACCUCGUUGACUUUUCCGACUUUUGUGUAGCACUGUGUAUUUCUUUAAAUGUAGCGCAUUAUACAAAACGUAUAUUUACCAAUUUGUUAAUUAAUGAAAAAUCCUCGAUAAACGACCAAUCGAACAAACCAAGUUUAUGUAUUUAUGUUCACUUGUCCCCAAAUCAAAUUCAUAUAUAAUAAAGUAUGUAUACUUAUGCCGAAACAGCUACUAAUAUAUUUAUGCGACGUUUCAAAGUGUAUUUUCUCACCGUUACCAUGCUCAUUAGUAGCUAUUUCCAGAAAUAUGUGUUAUAGAUUGUUACUUUGUCCAAUAACUAAAUGUCGUUAUAAUAUUAUUUUCAAAUUCAUAUGGUAUAGAAAUUAUGUUAAGUUGUUGCAAACCAAGUUUGUAGUAUCUCUGUUUACUUUGAACAGACCAUGUUUACUUGUAGCAAACCAGGUUUACUUGUCGGAAACUAGGUUUACUUGCAGCAAACCAAGUCUUAUAGUAUUUAUGUUUUCUUGUCGCAAAGCCAAUUUACGAACUUUCAUAUUUCACAGAAAUCAAGAGGUUGUGUCCUAUUUGAUAAAACGUGUAGCCCCAGAUGGUAGCUUUAAAUAGUGUGUGAUAUUAUAUGUUUUAAUGCUUUAAUAUGUUAUAUAUAUGAAUAUAAAUAUAAAUUAUUUUGUUGUGAACCGGUCCUUAAAAACUCGGAUUCAAUAAAGUACGAAUGUUAUAUAAAAA